AUGGAGGACAGUGUGUUGAGCCAGCUCAGUGAUGACUCGCUGCUGGAGUAUAUCGCGGAUCUUUCGCAGUCGCAGUCGCAGCUGGAUGCCGCAGACUACACAAGGGAGCAGUAUUUCAGAGAGAAGUCAGCCAGACAACAACAACAGGAUCGCGCACUGCAGGAGGAGAACAAGCAGAAUGGUGUGCCGCAGAUCUUCGGGGGAUGUGCAGUGUACAUCAACGGGUACACGAAGCCGGGGCGGCUGCAACUGCAUGAGACGCUGGUCCGGCACGGCGGCAAGUUCAUCCACUACCUGUCAUCCAAGCGAAAGGCAACGCACAUCGUGGCCACGAACAUGCCGCUCAAGAAACGCAAGGAGUUUGCAAACUACAAGGUUGUCACGCCCGAGUGGAUCGUUGAGUCGGUGAAGGCGGGCAAGCUUCUCCCGUGGCAGUCGUUCGCACAUGCCUGGGAUGACAAGCAGCCGAAAAUCGCCGUGACAAACUGCAACGAUCCAAACUUUCUGAACAAUUUUUUCCAGAACUCGAGGCUGCAUCAUCUGUCCAAUUGGAAGUCAAAUCUGCGGCAAAACGUCCUGCAACUGAACGAUUCCUUUCGUGUCCCGAAGAAAAAAGACAGUUUGACAGUCUUCCAUAUAGACUUUGACUGUUUUUUCGCUUCGGUUGCAGCUCUGGAUUUCCCGAACUUGGACAUUGACAGCGAUCCUAUAGUCGUUUGUCAUGGCACUCAUAACUCGGAUAUUUCCAGUUGUAAUUAUGCAGCAAGAAAAUAUGGUAUCAAAAAUGGUAUGUGGGUUUCCGACGCUAAAGGUUUUCUACCGCAAGGUGUCACAUUGAACUGUCUGCCCUACAAUUUUGAAAAAAUUGAGGCAAAAUCUGCUGAGUUUUACAGUAUUCUGAGGAAAAAUGAUUUUAUCAAGUUUGAUGAGAUUUUGCCAAUUUCCAUAGAUGAGAGCAUUUGUGUCAAGAUUUCACAGAGCAGUGAGACGCCAAAUUUGAGAGAUAUAUGUCAAAAUUUAAGAAAUGAAAUCUACAAGUCGACAAAUUGUACCGUAAGCAUCGGUUGCUCUGAUACAUUAAUUAUGUCAAGAUUAAACUUGAAAAGAGCAAAACCGAAGAGCUCUUUUAUCCUCUUUCACAAAGAUGUUGAUGACACAUUUCUAUCCAAUGUUAAGUUAUCAGAUAUUCCCGGCGUAGGUUCAUCAACUAUCUCAAAAAUAAAUGCUCUUAAUAAUCAAGAACCAAUUCUCGAAAAUGUUCUCCAAUUGAAAAAGGUGAUCAACGCAAAUAAAAGUUUCAUUGGUUCCAUGACAGCCACUGUUGGUAAUAAACUUACCAAAAAAAUCUUGCUAUCACUCGAUGGAAAAGAUGAUGAUGAAUCAUUAAAGAUGAUAUAUGAACCAAUAAAUUUUUUUGAAAGAAAAUCUUUAUCUAUUGAUAUCAAUUGGGGAAUUAGAUUCAAUUCCAUUCAUGAAGUUGAUGCCUUUAUUGAUAUCUGUACAAAAUAUUUGGUUGAAAAAUUAAAUGAACUCAAGAAGAAGACAUCGCAAAUAAAUCUUAAACUACUGAAGCGAGCUCCAAAUGCUCCUAUUGAACCAGAGAAAUACUUGGGUUGUGGUAAGUGUGACUCAAUGAAUAGAAAUAGUAAAUUAGGCAUACCAUCAAACGAAUUUGGUUUUCUAACAACAGAAAUUAAGCACAAUUAUAGAUGCGUAUCUUGUCCGCCGAAUGAACUUCGAGGUAUUUCUAUACAAUUUAUUAAGUUGGUUGAUGUGCCUUCUACAAAGGACGAUAUUUCAAAAAGAUUCAUUAAUUUUGAGACUUUUCAAAAUUUGCCUAACGAUGUUAAACCAGGUUUUGUAAAUGAAUUGAAAAAGAGGAAAAUUCAAAUCAAAGAACCAAAGGUUAAUAAAUACCAAGAGAGUUUUCUAAAUGAAAUACCAACACAAUUAAGGAAUGAAAUAAAAAAAGAUCUCAUCAUAAAUGAAAAAAUUAAAAAUAGUGAAAUUGAUAGAAUCUAUGCUAAACAGGUUCAAAGGCAAAAUUCGUUAAUGAAUUCAAAAAAUCAUUUACUAGGAAAUAGUAAUGAAAGCAUAUUUGAAUCCAUUAAAUUUCAAAAUGAAACGAGUUUUAAAAAAAUCUGUUCCAAGAUAAUAGCUUGGGUUGAUUUUACAGUUAAAGAUAAUGGACCGCAUCCCAAGGAUUUAGAAUUAUUUGAAAACUAUUUAGAUAAACUGUCAGAUUCAAAUAGAGUUCCUCUGAUUUUAAGGAUCUCAAAACUAAUUUCAAAUGAACUAAACUUGAAGUCGUUGAAAUAUUCAAACGAAAAUGGCUUUCAAAUAUGGGAGCAACAGUUGAUUAAGACAAUAAUACCCAAAUUAAUGAAAAAUAAGCACACUUUUCAGACUGUCAGAAAAUUAGACUUGGAAUUUGACUUGUAA